AUGUUCUUCCGACGGCAGGCUAUCAGAAAAUGUGCUCUAAGACCGUGCUCCGGAGGUGAAGCUUGCUACAGAGAUACUCCUCUGAUACUUGGCUGUCAAUUCUGCAGAUUCCAAAAAUGCAUUGAAGUCGGCAUGAAUAUCAAGGCAUUGCUCCAAAAAACAUCCCUUGAAUCACUGAUCAAUUUUAUAUCAGAUGUCGAUUUCGAGCGAUGCAUAACAUUUUUAAACUUUUAUCCUAAACAAGCAGGUUACACAAUUUGGAAUGUUGUCGAGAACUUUCCAAUUGAAUAUAUACAUAGAUCCCAACCUUUGAACUAUAGAUGUUGGUUGUUUUUGACAGCUGUUUCAACCAUCGACUUUAUGAAAAAGUUUCCAUUUGUAUUCUUAUCAAAUUCACAUGACCAGACGAUUAUUCUACGAAAGAAAUUUGUGAAAGUCGCAAGUUUCUGUGAAGCGUUUCGAGUAUAUUUAUUUCGAGACAAACAAUUGGCAUUUCCCGAUGGAUCAAGUAUUUUGAUAGAGGGGUUAGACUCUGAACUUGGAGAUCGGAUUAAAUAUAGAUUGGUUGUAACGUUCUUUGAGCUUCAUAUUACAAACGAGGAAUUUUUGUUACUGCUUGUGCUUCUUUUCAGCAAUCCAGCUAUUGAAAGUCUGUCCCAAACUGGAAGCCGUCUCUUAUCUGCGUACCAAAACUACUACAGUUCCAGCCUUCUUGAAUAUUGCAUGCUAACUUAUCUAAAAAAUGGCCCAACUAGAUUCGCCGAAUUAUUGGACGUAUUUCAAGUGUUGACUAAUCCAGAGUUUCAACUUGACGAAAUCGUGAAAGAAGGCUUCAAUUUGUUAUAA